GAGCUAAGUGGAACCAGAUGUUGGGUGGAAUCCUUUUGGCAACUCCGGCUGCCUGGCGGGGGGCCAGGAAUUCAGCGUGGGGGGCUGGAGAGGGGAGCCAGCGCACAGUCUCCCAGGGAGCCCGCGCCUAACACUUCGCGCUCUGCACGCAGCCGGGAUCGGGGCGCGUUUGGAGAAGGCGAGAGAGGGUGCCGGGGGGUGCCAGGCGGCUGCCAGCGUGGCAGAACAAUGAGGUCUGUUUCAUGUCUCCUCUUGGCAACGCUUCUGAGAGCUGCAGUUUCACAGGAACUGGAGGAACCCGACACUUACACGGAAUGCACUGACGGCUACCAGUGGGAUGCAGAGAGUCAACAUUGCAAAGAUGUGAACGAGUGCGAGACCAUCCCCCAUGCCUGCAAAGGGGAGAUGAAGUGCAUCAACCAUUAUGGGGGGUACCUGUGCCUCCCCCGCUCGGCCUCUGUGAUCAACGACGUGAACUCCGAAAGGGCCCCUCCCCCCAGUCCCCCCAGGCCCAGGCCCCCCCAGCAGGCCCAGUACUUUGUACAGAACAACUGCCCCCAGGGCUACGAGCCGGACAGACAAGGAUCCUGCAUGGACGUGGAUGAAUGUGAAUAUGAUUCACACGACUGCCAGCCGAGCCAGCAAUGCAUCAACACGCCUGGGGGCUUCCAUUGCCAGUGUCCGGACGGCUAUCGGAAGAUCGGCACAGAGUGUGUGGACAUUGACGAAUGCCGCUAUCGCUAUUGCCAGCACCGCUGCGUCAACUCCCCAGGCUCGUUCUCCUGCCAGUGCGAACCCGGGUUCCAGCUGGCCAGCAACAACCGCUCAUGUGUUGAUGUAAACGAGUGCGAGAUGGGGGCCCCCUGCAAGCAGCGUUGCUUCAACACGUACGGUACGUUCAUCUGCCGCUGCAACCAGGGCUAUGAGCUGGACCAGGAUGGCUUCACCUGCAAUGACAUUGACGAGUGUAGCUAUUCCACCUACCUGUGCCAAUUCCAGUGUGUCAAUGAGCCGGGACACUUCUCUUGCGCCUGUCCCCAGGGCUACCAGCAGCUGAGCACACGCCUUUGCCAAGAUAUUAACGAGUGUGAGACGGGAGCCUUCGAAUGCACAGAGUCCCAGAAUUGCAUCAACUUUCACGGUGGGUACCGCUGCGUGGAGAAGAACAGCUGCCAGGAGCCAUAUGUGCAAGUCUCUGAAAACCGCUGCCUCUGCCCAGCCACGAACCCGCUCUGCCGCGAUAAUCCGUCCUCCAUCGUCCACCGAUACAUGAGUAUCACGGCUGACCGAACUGUGCCCUCUGACAUAUUCCAGAUCCAGGCCACAAGCGUCUACCCUGGCGCCUAUAACACGUUCCAGAUCCGCUCGGGCAACGAACAAGGAGAGUUCUAUAUCCGGCAAAUCAACAACAUAAGCGCCAUGCUGGUCUUGGCCCGGCCAGUGACAGGGCCCCAUGAGUUUGUCCUGGAUUUGGAGAUGGUCACCAUGAACACCCUGAUGAGCUACCGUUCCAGCUCGGUGUUGCGGCUCACCGUCUUUGUGGGAGCCUAUUCGUUCUAGCCAAGCAGCAGCAAUUCCCCUUGCCUGGCUGAGGAGGGGAGGGAAACAUCUGCUGGGUUGGGCUGUGUAAGAGAGGAACCGAGAGGCAAGAAGCCACGACCCCAGCGGCCAGGGAAGGGAUCUGUCAUGGCCUUUUGCAUCUUCCCCGACCCCCAAGAAGCACCCAUCAUCACAACUGGAUGAAGAGGGACCAGAGCUGCGACUGGGGGGCCAGAGCUGUGGCUUCAAAGGCGAGCGCCACCCCCCCCCCAGAACCGCCCUUUGAGCCACCACCCUGCCUGGCAGUGGAACUCGUGCCCCCUUCUCCCACUGCCCCCUGCAUCUCAGAGCACAGAGGGGCCUCUAGAACCUCGCAGCAAGGCUCCGUGUUUGUUUUCUGCUUAACAGAGUGAGGGAGAGAAAGACAAAACAAAAAUUAGUAAAAUGGUUUUUUAUGUGUGUGGAAAGGAAAUGA